CCAUAUACGAAAGCCACAAUUCAACUUGCUGUGCAGGAAGUUAAAGAUGGUUCCUCCAUUAGAGCAGCCAGCGCCAAGCAUCACAUGUCAUAUUCUCUUUUGAGAAAGCAUGUCAAGAGAAGUGAAAGUGAAGAAUCUUUCAAGGAUGAUAUGAGGGGAAAGAAGACGGUACUUGCAACUGAAGUGGAAGAGAAGAUUGCAGAUACAAUCAAGAGAAUGGAGAAAAUGGGACUAGGGCCAACACUGUUAGAGUUUCGUGAGAUUGUCAAAGAUUUCUUGCUUGCCAAUGGACUAGAGACAGUGUUUAAAGAUGGCAUGCCUGGUUAUGAAUGGGCAACUGCCUUCAUGCACAGGCACAACAUGACUCUGAAGACCGGUGGUAUGAUGCAACUGGCAAGGAAGAGUGUAACUAGUGAUCCAUUCGUCAUUCAUGGCUUCUAUGAGCUUCUGAGACAAGAAAUGGCACGACUUGAGAUCAUGGAACGCCCAGAGUGUAUCUGGAAUCUCGACGAAACUGGUUUCCCACUAGACCCAUCAAAAGCAAAAACUAUAGGCACAAAAGGAGCUAAGACAGUGAGAAUAACUAGUGGCUCAAACCGUGAAAACAUCAGUGUUUUGGCAACAUGCUGUGCAGAUGGCACAUCACUGGAUCCUUUAAUCAUAUUUAAAGGUAAGAACAUGCAGUCUUCAUGGGUUGGAACUGAUGCACUACCUGAAACUCAGUAUGCUGUAUCCGAGUCAGGGUGGAUGACCCGUGUAAUUUUUGAGGAUUUUUUCAAAAGUUUUGUAGAAAAAACUAAAGAUAUUCGUCCUAUCCUCCUGAUAUUGGAUGGCCAUCUUAGUCAUACAUCACUAGCAACAGUAGAACUAGCAAAACAAGAAAAUAUCUCCAUAAUUAAGCUACCUGCUCAUUGCACAGAUCUGUUACAACCUUUAGAUGUUGCUUGUUUUGCCCCUCUAAAAUCUUACUAUGAUUCAGCAUUGAUGAGGUAUGUGCAUCAAACAGGAGCACGAGCACCAUUGCAAAAGAGAGGUUUCGUGAAUAUGUUGUGUCAGGUCUGGAAGGAAGGACUUUCCCCGGAGAAUAUAAAGGCCGGGUUUUAUGCAACAGGAAUACAUCCACUAAACCCAGAAAAGUACAAGAGUGAUCGCCUUUGUCCUUUGAAAAUGAAAACAUACAAGGCUUGGAUUGAGAGAGAAGCCCCAGGGAUGAUGAAAAUAAUCCUGUACUGCAUGAUGCUACAACUGAUAACACAGACAACAGAGAUUCACAAUCAUCACCGCAAAAUCCACAGAACCCUUCACAACCUUCUGAUGCCAAUACCACAAAUGUUCCCACUUCUCCAAUACCUGAACCAGGAAUAG